AUGGAAGUCGAUUUUCUUCUCCGCCCUUCCGGUGAUCGAACCUCGUCAUCGAAAACCGGAGCUGCCGCUCCAGAGACUGAAGCCUUCCCGCUCGAUUUUGUUAGAAAUCUGCCUCUUGAAAUUCUCAUUUUGGUCUUCCAGAAUCUUCCCUUGGAAAAGUUCAUAUGCCUACAAAUCGUUUCCAAAACAUGGAAAGAGCGCCUGUCCUCCUAUACCUUGCAAUAUGCAGUGAUCCGGAACCUAGGACCGUGGGCUGUCGACGAAAACAUCAAAGACACGGUUGCCUUUAUCAAGAAAAGGAAAAGGAUUGAAAACGGCCGCUUCGUCUCUCAGAUUACUUUCCCGUUCGGUAACAAAGCAUUGCUCAAAAACCCAUGGAACAGAGCCGUUGACUAUUCGGAGGGAUAUCUCGCAUGGAUUAGCUACCGAUCUUUCGCCCUAGAUGUCCUCAAUCUCCGGACAGGAAAGCUUGAUGAAUUUACCACCAAUGACCAAGAAGCCCCCUGUGAUGUAAGGGUGUCAAACAGCAUCUUGGUCGCGAUUGCUUGGCGAACUUGCCACGUGUGGAAUCUUCACACUUAUGAGCACAGCAGCUUCAAAUUGCCUCACUCCUGCUAUCUUCACGAAAGCCUAGUCCAUGGAACAAAGCUAAUUCUCAUGGGCGCAAACUCCAGCCUCCAUAGUAAAGGCUACAUUGUUCAUUGGAGCCAUGAGUUGCAAGUUCUACGCACCAUACCAUGGGAAGAUAUGGAGACGAUCAAAACUCUGAUCUUGGACCCCAGCGUGGACAAGUUUACCAUUCUCAGCCUUACUCGCAUCCCUGAUGCGGAUAACGAAGAUCUGGUAGAUCCAUUGAUUGGGAGCCCGCCAGCUCUAGAAAACCUCCCAAAUUAUCACCCAAACACAGAGACACGAGUGGAAAUUUUUGAGCUGGACAAUGAAACUGGGGCCUUCAAAUCCACAUCACGCCAGACUCAGAGAAUGCUCCUGAGAAAUGGAGAGAAGGUGGACAGCUGCUGCAUACAGCCUGGCCAACUCAGCAUGGUUGACAAAAUAAAGCACUGGGAUAGUGAACAUGAUGUUGGCAAACGGAAUUCAAACAGUGCCGAACAUGAGGUCAAUGAACGCUACAUACCUGAACCCUCUCAUUGUUUCGACCAUAGAUUCUGCUCUCUGGAAAAGGAACAGGGAUUCGUCAUCAAUAGGGCCGUCACAGUGCAACGACCCAGAUAUCAUGACGGGUUUGAAUUUAUUUCUCCAAGCCCUGGGGUUUUCUAUUUUUCCCGAUUUCAAAAUGAAGGUUAUGGAGCUGACGACGUGUCGAUCAUGCGUCCAUACAGCCCAGACUUUAGCCCAGACCACCAACAGCUUUACGAGUCUAUUGAUCAACUUCCAGAGGGGAAAGGAGCUAGGGCGUUCGGAGACAGCGAUUUUUUGGUCUUCGUCAAAGAGUUUGCGUUAGAGGAUUUAGGCCAACCCGAGUACUCAUAUGAAGCGGAAGACUCAGACGAAGCGGAGGAUUCCAAAGUUUAG